AUGUCACCCGGUCAGGAACCCGUUUACUCAGAGUAUGAUACUGACACCAGCCAGACAUCAAAGUUGAUAAGAAAAUUUAAAGAGACUCCAUUUGUACCCAUCGGGAUGGCUGGCUUCGUCGCAGUGGUUGGCUAUGGGCUGUACAGGCUGAAGCACAGAGGUGACAUGAAAAUGUCACUUCACCUGAUUCACAUGCGCGUGGCAGCCCAGGGCUUCGUGGUGGGAGCCAUAACGUGCGGUGUGCUGUAUUCCAUGUUCCGGGAGUACGUGAUGAAGCCCAAGGAGUAG